AUGGUCUCUCUUCGAAAGACCCUAGCCGUCACCCUAGCCUCUAGCGUAAGGGCAAAUACUGGGCUCCGGCCCGUAAGUGGCCAUGAUUUCGACAUUGACGUGGUCUACCCAUCCGGUCUAUCAUUUUCUACGGACAACCCGCCAACUGCGCCUCUACCACAGACCGUGAUUCAAAGCAACGCCAGUCUUCCUCAGAUUACUUUACGAAACCUGGAGAACAGCAGCACACAGGCCCAGUACAUCUCUUUCGUGGUGAUUACGCACCUGGGACAUGACCGUUGGGAUCCGUCCAUCAACGGGACGUCUGAAGUCAUAUCCUGGCUACGGGCCAACCAAACACUUCUCGAGAACGGCACACUCAGCGGUGGGGGAGGCGGCAAAGACAAUGGACGGUCGGGAUUAAGCGUGGAGAUUGGGGAAUAUCAGAACGCGUCGCUACACGUGUGGCAGCAGCACCCAAACGUAACAGACUACAUCUUCAAGAAUAAUCGCAACGCUGCAUGGGUGGCGCUGCUCGACAUCUGGGGUAACGCUACCUGGGGUGGCUAUGGUGAACCACCAGCAUACGUUUCAUAUGACUUCCAACGAGCCAACAUCGACUUUGGUGUGCGCAAUGACACAGUAAUGGAGGAGGAGCCUAAGAGCGCGGCUGGCCAGCCGGAUCUGCCAAGCAAAUUACUUGCAUUGUGCAUCUCGGGUGUGUUCUUCGCUGCCUACCUCGCCUAA